UGUUUCACGUCUCAAGAAUUCAUAAAAAAGCUCCGCUUCAUGAUGCUUCAUGGCAUCGCUGCAACGGAUGUGCUUCCUCAAUGGACUCGCAUCAGCGCUUGCCUUUUGGAUUCUAGUCAAUGAUACCGGUCCCGAGCGCUCGGGACAUGUAGCUGCAUGGGAUGCUACAGGUCAGCGAUUCCUGAUUCACGGCGGACGUGAUGCCGCAUUCAGUCCAGAUCUGUGGGCGUACGAUACCGCCAAGGGCGCCUGGGACUUGCAGCCACCAACGUCUCCCGCCCCUUCGAAACGUGGAGACCAUGUGGCUGUUUGGGAUCCCAGCAGCCGGGCGUGGUGGAUUCACGGUGGUUUUGAUGGCUUGACGUUAUUCAACGACCUCUGGAGAUAUUGGGACCAGAGCUGGAGCCACUUUGCCGGUGGACCUGGAGACAUUCCGAGGGCUAGGAGCAGUCAUGUGGCUGUGUGGGAUGCGGCCGGUUCUGCCAUGUGGCUUCAUGGAGGGUUGGGUAGCGAUCUUCAGGAUGACCUUUGGAAGUUUUCGUUCCGAAGCUCGUCAAGUUCUUGGGCUCAAAUCCAGCCCAUUGAGAACAGACCUUCAGCGAGAGCUCAUCAUGCAGCUGCGUGGGACGAGACCAAUUCGGCCAUUUGGGUUCAUGGUGGAUAUGACAGUCAUGGUUUGAGCAAUGAGUUGUGGGCCUUUGACAGCCAGACCUCCAACUGGAGCUUGGUCUCACAAGCUGGUCCAGGACUGCGAGCGUAUCACGUGGCAGCCUGGGACUCCAGCAAUCAAGCAAUUUGGCUUCAUGGUGGCUUAGGUGGAUCCACUGGGGUGGCGCAACGGGAACUUUGGAGGUUCAACAUCCUGAGCCACAGUUGGGACUUAAUCGCAAACCAAGUUCAAGACGGGCCUGUCGCUCGCUAUUACCAUGCUGCUGCUUGGGAUGUCACCAGUGCGUCACUUUGGAUUCACGGUGGCUUUUCGGGCUAUUCCGCGGGCAAUUGUUUGCACGAUACAUGGAGAUUCCUGGUCACAACUACCUCUACAACCAGGACAGCCUCCACCAGCAGCACUAGCUCUGCAACAACCUUGACCACAAGCUCUAGCUCAGCCACCACUACUAGCAUCACCUCUACUCGCAGCACAUCAUCCAGCAUUACGUAUUCCACAACCACGGCCACAACUACCAGUAGCACUUUGACAAGCAGCAUUUCGUCCAGCACAACUCUGUCCACAACUACUACAUCCAGCAUAAGCACCAGCUCCAGCACUGCCUCAACUACCAGCAGCACUUUGACAAGCAGCACUUCGUCCAGCACAACUCUGUCCGCAACUACUACAUCCAGCUCAAGCACCAGCUCCAGCACCGCCUCAACUACCAGCAGCACUUCGACAAGCAGCAUUUCGUCCAGCACAACCCUGUCCACAAGUACAACAUCCAGCUCAAGCACCAGCUCUGGCACUGCCUCAACUACCAGCAGCACUUUUUCAACCAGCAUUUCGUCCAGCACAACUCUGUCCACAACAAAAACAUCCAGCUCAAGCACCAGCUCCAGCACUGCCACCACUACCCGCACCGCUUCGACAAGCAGCACUUCGUCCAGCACAACCCUGUCCACAACUACAACAUCCAGCUCAGGUACCAGCUCAAAUACCGCCACAAGCAGCGGGACUGCCUCUACCAGCAGCACCACGUCCAGCACCAGCUUUUCCACAACCACAACAUUUAGUUCAACAUCGAGCUCGGUGACUCGUUCUGCCUCGACAAGCAGUUCCUCCACCAGGACAAGAACCACCUCCAUGUCUUCGACCCAAACCUUUACUACAUCAACCAGUAGCACAGCAACCACUACAACAACUUGCAUGGUGCAAAAUUUGUCGGGCAUAAUCUGCAUAUUGGUUGGAGUUGCAAUCGUUGCUUUUGCUGCGCUUGUUUUGGCGUGUUGGAUGCGCAGGCGUCGAAGGAAAGUUGUUGCAUGUCCAGCCAUCAAUACAGAACCGCUUGUGCCAGCUCCCUUUCCCUCUGAUCCAUGUGUGCCACAUCCUUCCAAUGCCCAUCCAGAGCUUUCAUCAACGCCAGACUUGUAUCCACAAGACCUAGAAGUUCUCCAAGAUGAACAUGAUGAACCGGCACUUACACUUCAGUUUGACCCAUUUCAGCCUGAGUGCUUAGACUUUCCGCACGUCCAACCAAUGCAAAUGCCACUGCCCGCCCAUGAUUCGGUACGAUUUCCAUAUGUCCCAAGCCAUAGACGCCUUGGCAGAGAGGCACCUACACCUGAAUGCCAUCACAUAGACAUUGGCAGAGA